CAGACCGGAGAACCAGGACUAGGAAUAGAAAGGAUCAGCUCUGGGACAAACAAAGUUCUAAAGACAGUGAAAUGUCCACAUUUCAAAAAUAUUUAAGAAUAAAGCUGAGUAACUCAAACUAGUGAACAAAUUCAACAACACAAAUCUGAGAUUUUAAAACCUGUAAACUCUUAAAGCCUAGUGAUAUUUCGGUAAAAAUAUGGGUCCUGGACUCAAGGAUGAUCAUAUUAAGAGACCAAUGAAUGCCUUCAUGGUUUGGUCCAGGGGUCAAAGGAGAAAAAUGGCACAAGAAAACCCAAAGAUGCAUAACUCCGAGAUAUCCAAGAGGUUGGGAGCAGACUGGAAGCUUCUCACGGACCUGGAUAAGAGACCGUUCAUCGACGAAGCCAAGAGACUCAGAGCCCUGCAUAUGAGAGAACACCCGGAUUACAAGUAUAGACCAAGAAGGAAACCAAAACCAAUGAUGAAGAAGGAAUUAAAUAGAUAUCCUUUCCCCUUUCCCUUCCUACACGGAUUGGAUCCCAUCUCUAGACAGCUGAUCAGCUCCUACUCUCUAGCUAACCCGGAGCGAGGGAAGGAACCCUUCUCCUCCCACCUGGAUUUAUCUUCCUUCAAGCUUGGUCAGUCAGAAGAGAAUUAUCAUUUUGGGAUGAUUAUGAAAUCUCAAUCCUUUCUGACCAACUCCACUCUCUCCUCCUUCUCCUCUCCACCAUACUCCAUCUCUUCAACCCUGACCAGAACUUCUCCUCUCUCCAGCUCCUCCUCCCUAGCAGCCUCCAUAGCCUCCAGGGCCUCCAGGUUCCAGGACAGGCUGGAUGUAGAUGAAAAAGAUCCUCUGAUCACGAACCAACUUCACAGAGAUUCUCCGAGCCACCCAGAUUCCACAACUAGUCCAGCUCCACCUUCAAGUCCAACCUUCAAAACUUCAAUUCAUUCUCCUCCCUCCUCCCCUCCUUCCAGCCUACCCCCUUCAUCCUCUCCACCCCCUUCCCAUCUUUCCCAACCUCCUACAUCCCUUUCAUCCUUCCCUCCUCCUCCUAUCCCCUACUAUCCUCCUUGGUAUCUGCAUCAUCUUUUCCCUUCUUAUAUUUUUCAUCCUCCUCCUCUUAUCCCUCUUCCAUCCCCUCCCUCCCAUAUUCCUCUUACAUCCCCUCCCUCCCAUAUUCCUCUUACAUCCCCUCCCUCCCAUAUUCCUCUUACAUCUCGUCCUUCCCAUAUUCCUCUUUCAUCUCCUUCUCAUCUUUCUCUUCCUUCUCCACCAUCUCAUUUAUCUCUUUCCUCUCAAACCCAACACUCGUUAUCCUCUCCCUCCCGACAUUUAUCUCUCUCCUCUCCGUCCCAUCUACUCCGUCCCGUCCCAACCUUGCCCCGAUCUGUGACGGAUUUGUCUAGGUUUAAAGCUUGUCUCCCCGGGGAGAAGUUUAUGAAUCAGUGAUAUAUAAAACUUGAAAAACCAGCAGGAAGCCUUAGAAGACAUGUAUUAGGUUAGUCAUCGAACCCAACCUGAGGAUUUCCAUCAUAUCCUAUAACCUAACCCAAUGGUAAGAUAUACAUAUCUAGUAAAGUAAUCUAACCUAAAGAUAUCGAUAUCAAAGGAUAUCCAAUUACAUCAAGUCAAACUAGGAAAAACUAACCAAACUACGAGAUUUCCAACAGUCCAACCUCAGAGAUAUUCAGCACUCUACCCUAAAUAUAUUUUAUCCAACCUAGAAAUAUCCAGAAGUUUUACCCAACCAAGAGGUAUCUAGAAAUCUUACCCAGCCCAGAGGUAUCAAGCAGUCUUACCCAACCUAGAGAUAUCCAACACCUUAACCAACCAAGAGAUAUUUGGAAGUCUUACCAAACCAAGAGAUAACCAGCUGUCUUACGUACCCCGGAGAUAACUAGCUGACUCACCAAGCUUAGAGAUAUCCACUAAUCUUACCCAACCUAAAGAGAACUUUCUGUCUUACCAAACCUAGAGAUAUCCAACUGUUUUACCCGACCUAGAGAUAUUUGGCAGUCAAACCUCACCCAACUGUUAUCCCGAACCCUUACACAACCUGGAGAUAACCAACAGUUCCACCAAACCUAGUAAAAUUCAGCACCUUACCAAACCUGGAGAUUUCCAGCACCCUACCCAACCUUGAGAUGUUUGGCAGUCUUACCAAACCUGGAGAUAUCCAGCACUCUGACCCAACCUGGAGAUAACUAGCUACCUUACCAAACUUAGAGAUAUCCAGCACCUAACCCAACCUGGAAAUAUCUAGGACUUUUGUCUUACCGGGAGAUAUCCAAUAGCAUGUUUAGCCUAGAGAUAUUAUUUAGCAGCAUACCCAACUUAGAGAUAAUUAGUAUUCUUACCCCCCCAAAAAACUGGAUAUAUCCUACAGAGCCGGAACUAGAGAUAUAAGAUAUUUUAUAUGGAUUUAGAUACAGAAAUACCAAGUAUAUUCUCCUCAGUAUGUUUUGCUAUCUGGAGAAUAAACAAUUUAACCCAACCUAACCCAACCUAAAGUUUGUUACAAAGUGAAAUUUUGCGCUAGUAAAUGUAAUAAAGAUGAUUUUUUAAACAAGUGAUAUAAAAGUGUAUAAAAAAUAAAUAUUUAUUUUAUAAAAGCAUUUAAAUAAAACAUCAUGACAACAAUUUGCCAGCAAAUGUAUUCUUUUUUUAAAAUUCUUAUAAUUUAA